UCAUUGUUUCUUCCUUUCUUUUUCUUUUACUUCUUGAGUGUUUAGAGACCAAAGAUAAAAAAAAAGGAAUAGAGUAAAACAUAGAAUGAAAGAUGGUGGGUUUGAGUGUAGUGUUGGAAGCACAGAAAGGUAGCGUUAGCAAGAAGACUCCACAAGUGAUUAACAAAACAACCAUGCUUAGUAGUAGCAACAUCAACAACAACAAACACUCUUCUUCUUCUUCUUCUUCAGUGAGUGUUGUUUCUCUUUCUCAGCACUCUCCUUUUCAGGAAGCAGCAGCAAAGUUUCUAGACCAAUGCUUUCUCUGCAGGAAGAGACUCUUGCCAGGGAAAGACAUCUACAUGUACAAAGGGGACAGAGCGUUCUGUAGCGUGGAGUGCAGGUGCAAGCAGAUUUUCAUGGAUGAGGAAGAGAGUGUUAAUAUUCAGAAAGACAAGUGUUGUUCUUUUACUUCUUCCUCAGCAACAAAUUGACACGGUGGUUGUUUUGCACUUUUGCCUAUACAUGAAUGAAGACUGAAGUGAUGACCUAGCCUAGAGUAGAGAGAAAAGAAGAAAAUAUUACUGGUUGACCAAAAAUGGUGGAAUUUAAUUAUUUUUUUGUGUUUUGUUUUCUAGCUACGUUCUGGUUUUACUUUUACCCGUGGUUUGGUUUAUGUGUUGUGUAAUAACUUCAAAGUUUUUGUCCUUUUGCUUCCUAGUAUGAAGCCAAAAUGUCCUUUCAGCUUUUAUUUUAUGGGGCUCCAUUCUCCAACCUCUUUGGUUGAAACCGUACGUGUGAGAAUGCUUUUUUCCAAUGUGUUUUUGUUUUGUAGCUAGACACGCAUAUGUUUAAAUGGUUUUUUUUUAAUCAAUAUCCAGAGACAAGGAUAUAGAAAAGGGGAGUGAUAAAUAUCAAGCUUGUUAAUUAUUAUCA